UGUAAAGUUAAAUGUAGGAGCCAAUACCAACAAGUGGAAUUUCUUUUGUGCUACGCGUGAAAGCAGUUCAGGAAAGACUAAAUUGUUCUGGCAUGGAAAAACUUCAAUUUCAGCCAACAGGUUCCUUUAUCCAGGGCACACAAUGAAAAAGGGAGGGAAAUUUAUAGUGGCAGGAGCUGCAAAACGUAACAUUAAUGAGAUCCUGAAGUUUCCGGUGAGUGCUAAGAAUAACCUACCUCUGACCAUUACGCAGACCAAUGUUUGGGAUCGCUCACUUACACAAGAUGAGAUUAGUGGUAUGUCCAGACAAAAAAAUUGUGGUGGAGGAGCUGGGAAUGUUCUUGAUUGGGAAGAUCUUGGAAAUCAGCUGAAUCUCAACAUAUUCACCAAAAAUGAUCAGUCUCAAUGUGCAAGCGCUUCUGGGUCGAUGUUCUAA